AUGAUGAACAUUAUAAGGAGCAUUGAAGCAAAUGAAGUUAUAUACAAUAGUUUAUUAGAAGAAGAAAAAGACUGCUUCCAGGAUAUUUUACUUAAUGAGAUAUGGGAUAUUUAUGAUCAUCAAGAGAAAGAAAAAAAGAAUGAGUUAUAUAAAAAAAAUGGAAAUAAUAAAAAUUUAGUAAAUAGAAGUAGGCCAAAUGGAUUUCUUUUUUUUGAAAGAAGUAAUAAAUUUUCACCUGAAGGUGGUUAUAAUUUAGAGGGAAAUAAAAAAGAACAGAUGGAUAUAAAUGAUUUAAUAUUUAGUGAUGUGAAUAAUAAUAUAUUUGAGAAUAAUGAAGAUGAUGAAAUAUAUAAUAAGGUUAUGGAUUUGUUGAAUGAGAAUGAAACAUGUGAUGUGUAUGAAAAAAUAGAAGAAAAUGAGAACUUUGUUAGUGGUAUUAAAUGUGUAGAUAUAAAAAAUUUUAUGAAUUUCGAUCCAUUAUUUAUUAAAGUAUAUCAUGAAGAAUAUAAAAUUGAAAAACAAGAUAACAUAAAAGAGAAGCCACACAUAUCCAAUAGUGAAAAGAUUGAAAGUGCAUUUAAAAUAAGGUAUACAGAAAAUGUAGAGAAAGGUUCUAAAUUAAAAAAAAAAUAUCAAAUCGAUUCAGAUUUAAGUAGAACUAGUAAAACAGAUUCGUUUAUAGAAGAAAGUGAUGAUGGAAUUUAUAAUGCAAAAAAGUUAAAAAUGAAAAAAAAGAAAAGAAAUUAUAAUUUGUCAGAUGAUGAAAACGAAGAUAACAAUAAUAAUAACAAUAAUAACAAUAAUAAUAAUAAUAAUAAUAAUAAUAAUAAUAAUAAUAAUAAUACAAAUAUUUCAUCAAAAAAAAAAGAUGCCUUCUCAAAUGCUUUUGAUAUUUUAGUGAAGAGAAAAAAUGAGAAAAAUGAAGAAGCAAUUAAAGCUUUUAAUUACAUUAAUGAGAAAAAAAGAAAUCGUGAUUGUAUGAAACAUAAUAAUAACGUUGGGGAUAAUAAAUAUGAUAAGAAAAAAAAUUAUAAGAAAAGUAAUGAUGAUACAAACGGAUCAGGAUAUGAUGAAAUACCUGAAAAAUACUGGUCUUUAAUAGAACAAGGUAUAGAAGUAAAUAUAAUACGUUAUGCUCUAAGUAUGAAAAUGGAUUCUAAUGAACAAGUAAAAGAAUCAGAUAUUAUAGGGUUAUAUGAUAUUAAAAAAAUAAUAAAAGAUAAAAUUGUAAAUGUUAUAUUAAGACCAGAUUUAUUUACUGGAUUAAAUAGAGCAGCAAAAGGUAUAUUAUUAUUUGGACCACCAGGUACAGGAAAAACCAUGGUAGCAAAAUGGGUAGCUUCUUCUUGUAAAUGUUCAUUUUAUAAUGUAAAUACUUCAUCAUUAUUUAGUAAAUAUAUUGGAGAAACUGAAAAAAUCGUUACAGCAUUAUUUAAAUGUGCAGAGGUAGAUAAUCCUUCAAUUUUAUUUUUUGAUGAAAUAGAUUCGUUAUUAGGAACAAGGAAAAAAGAUGAAGAUGAUACAACCAUUAGAAUUAAAAAUCAAUUAUUACAAAUGAUUGAUGGAAUUAAUACUAAAAAAGAUAUUAUCAUAGUAAUUAUAGGAGCAACCAACAGACCAGAUAUGAUAGAUGAUGCAGCUUUAAGACGUUUUAAUAAAAGAGUAUAUAUACCAUUACCUGAUCUUAAUGCAAGAAAAGAACAAAUAAGAUAUAUUAUAUCGAAACAUACGCAUUCAGGAUUUCAAUUAACCGAAGAAGAAUUAAAUGCUAUCUCGGUUAAAUUAGAAAACUGGAAUGGUAGUGAUAUAUAUCAUCUUUGCUCUAAAUGUUAUGAAUAUGUGUAUGAUGAUGCAGUAGAACAAUAUAACGGAAUACAAAAUAUACCAAAUGCUUCAAUCUUUAGAGCUAUACAAUAUAAUGAUUUUAUUAAAGCCAUGACACAAGUAAAUACCUCUUAUAAAAAUGUUUUCGAUUAUGAUGAGUGGAGUAAAAUGCACAGUUCUUUGUAA